UGUACAUCUAGGUUCGAAGGGUCAAAAGGUCAAGAAUAAUUAGACGGUAGAUAUUAUUUUUGUGUACACUGCAUGCACUGUGUAUUAAUCAAGGAACAACACAAGCUAGCUAGGUACUAGGUAGAUCCUCUGAGGUAGAUCUAGUCAUAGUAUCUACGAUCUAAUGUAGAGGACAGUCUCAAGAGCACACAAGCAAAUAAAGUGAGACUGGAUGCUAGACCAUAAUAAUUAUUGUCUAGGCAAGUUUGUAUGAAAGAUCCUCUGUGUUCAUGGUGACAAAGUAUUCUCCUAUCAUGACUGUGCGGAAGUAUGAACGAUUUCGUGGUAACAAUCGGUUUUUUUGUUGUGGGUAUCUGAUAUCUGCUCGCCAGAUAGGGAUCAUGGUCUUUGUGGCCAUCCUGUUGGUGAUUGUGUUUGCCCUCUUCUUGGCAUUUGACUCUCGAUUCCUUAUCGCUAACGUGUAUCCAAUAGGAGUGGGGGCCAUCUUCCCCAUUAUUGCUGCUUUUGGUCUUUUCUAUUCCAUGGCCUUCCUCCUCAAGACUGGCUGCACUGACCCCGGCAUCAUCCCUCGAGCAAAGACCGAUGAGCUAGAUUACCAACUAAGGCAGGCCGAUGAUGUUAUAAAACAAGGUACAGCACGAUACAUGACGAUUACAGUCAAAGGAGAACAGCAAAAGCUCAAGUGGUGUGCCACUUGCGAGAUAUGGCGACCCCCAAGAGCCUCCCAUUGUGGGCUCUGUAACAACUGCUAUGACCGCUUUGACCACCAUUGCCCUGUGGUUGGCAACUGUGUGGCAAAGAGGAACUACCGUUACUUCUACUUAUUCUUAGUGUCUGUGUUUUGUAUGUGUAUCUAUGGCAUGGGCUGCAAUGUGGCUGUCAUUGUUCUUGCCUCCAAGAUGACGAACUUUGGUGAUGCUCUCAAGACGUACCCUGCCUCUGUCAUAGAGUUUGCUAUUUGUGGCCUUGGUGCCGUUGCUGUAUCUGGGCUUGCCUGUAUGCACACAUGGCUCAUAGCAACCAUGCAGACAACUAAUGAAGAUAUCAAGGGAACUUUUAACCCACGGCGACAAGGUCGUGAUGUCAGCAAUCCUUAUACUCAGCGAAACUGCUGCAAGAACUUCCUGUUGGUCAUCUGUGGCCCUUUCCAACCCAGUCUUAUUGAUCGCCGUGGAGUGGUGGACCUGGAUGAAGAAGAUGCUGCUGAGAGGUCUGAUUAUGGCAGCACUGCUGGUACCGUGGUACAUAGUACAGCUGUUCCUGGGAUACCCAUAGAAUCAUCUUCUAAGCCAAAUGACCAAUCACAAGAGUUACUAAACCCUGUUCAGUCCUCUUCGCCAGCCUCGAAACCAAGUACUGACAACGAAAGUCCAUCAGCAGUUAUAGGUUCGACAGAGGUUGAAGUUCAUGCCAGCGAUGAUGAGACCGAAACACACAAGCUCAUAACAAACGACGUAAACUGACAUUAGACAUAAAAUGAAUUGCCUCAGCUUACAUUAAAUAGUGUCACAUAUAAUUAUUAUAUUUUUAUUCUGUUUGUGUAUUUGUCCUGGAGUUCAUACAAAAUGUUGAUGAUGAAA